UUGUGGUCUGGCUACCAGAAGGAAAUUACUUGCUUGUGAUAAGAAAUAUACCGCACAAGAAGUUGGAAGAAUUCAAAAGUCGCGUCUAUAUGAGCAUAUCGAUGAUUGACGACAUUAAGUAUGUCGUUGGAAAUUGCUUUUCUGUUACGCGAGAGUUAAACUUGCGGGAAACACUGCGGGCGACAAAGGCAACCGGAGAUUGAUCGAAUGCGCUUUACGACGCAAGGUGCAGCAAAGUUCGCCAAUGUGAGGAUGGCGAUACGACGGGAAACUUGAGAUUCGAACGACGGCGGCGAUCAGUGGAAUCGAUAUACGUAUACACUAUUCGAUAUACGAAACGCGCCAGGAUCUUCAGCGAUGAUCACGAGCUACAACGUGACACCGCUAAGAAAGUACGCGGAAAUCAGUUACCGCGUAAAAUGCGUCGCGGUGGAGAACGAGCGGGUGUUCAGCGAUGUUUACGUCACUCAUCAGACGCAAGAUCCAGUUUGCCAGCAGGACGAUUACGCUUUUCCGUCGGAGUACAGAAGACGAAGGCGCAACUUGAUACAGCAAACUCUGGACGGACCGGAUUUUAUGAAGCUGAAUAGCAAACGGUCGACCAGAAGCGCCGAUAUCGCAAAAUCAUACUGGCAAAGGCGCAGCAAAUCUAUAAGGGAUGAACCGAGCACAAUCACAUUUAAUUAUGAGAAUGUUGACAGUCGUGACACGGUCGCCAAAAGGCCCAAGGUAUACCCAUCACCUCUGCGCUGUUCGCCGCUGCAGAAAGAAAUUGUGAUUACCUCGCUAGUAGAUCAACUAUUGUUGGACAUUUAUGGCAUUCCGAUGGGCGACAGGGGACGUUCAGAAAGCGAAUCAACGGCAUCGUCCUUGAAACCACGCCCGCAACAUCAAUAUCUGCAGAAAGCUCGUCUGCUAUUGAAAAGAAAGGAUGAACUGCAGAUCCUGCUUGUGACUCUACAUGACCACAUUAUUCACACAGGCGGGUUACUUAUCCGUCAGCUGCGCCGAAAGGAUUAUCUUACUGUUAAACGUGAUAAACAAUAUGAUAUUAUCACGGCUUACUUACAAGCACACAGCGCUAAGCGAUUCGAAGAUACGAAAAUGAGAUUUAGUUUGAGUCCGCAACCAGGAGAAAUUACGCAAUGGCUAGACGCCAUGAAGAUGGUUGCCAAGUUGCAAGGAGGGAUACCACCAGAAUUUCGGAAAAGAUUAUGGUUAACAUUGGCGGAACGUCAUCUAGAAAAACACGGCGUAGAUUGGAAGCAGGCUGAGAAGAUCUGUUUCAAUGAGUGGAGUAAUCCUGACGACGAAGAGCUUGGCAUACAAAUCGUGAAGGAUCUGCACAGGACAGGCUGCAGCCUGUUCUGCGGCGCCGCCGGUCGGGAUAAUCAAGCGGUGCUUCGUCGAGUUUUGCUUGGUUUCGCCCGUUGGAACAAAUCCGUGGGCUAUUGCCAGGGUCUAAACGUUUUGGCCGCCCUCGUCCUGCAAGUGAUGGACCGCGCCGAAUCCUCGGCCGUGAAGGUGAUGAUAUAUCUGAUAGAAGGUGUUCUACCGGACGGUUAUUUCGCCGAUAAUUUACGCGGCCUCUCUGUGGACAUGGCGGUAUUUCGAGAUCUCCUGCGCUCGAGACUGCCAAAGUUGUCCAAGCACCUCGAGGCACUUCAGAAUGACGCGAAGGAUAAGGCGACGGGAAAUAGCUAUGAACCGCCGCUCACGAAUGUGUUCACUAUGCAAUGGUUUCUUACGCUUUUCUGCCAUUGCUUACCGCAGGAAGCAGUACUUCGUGUCUGGGAUCUGAUAUUUCUCGAAGGUAAUGAAGUGCUCCUUAGAACGGCGCUCGCUAUCUGGGAAGGCCUUUCGAAUCGCAUAAUGGCCGUAACAUCAGCGGAUGAGUUCUACAGUAUAAUGGGAGUACUUACGAGAGAGAUGCUAGAAUUCACCGACACAAACAACCUCAUAAAGAAUAUCGUUAGUAUGGGACCCUUGCAAGGUGUAGCAAAUUUGAGAGACAAACAUCGAUAUAACAUCACCCCAUGGGCGCGCAGGCUGAGUGACGACGAUGACAGCGAGGCGGAAGAGGAUGAGAGAGUGGCUGUAACGGCUGCCAUGUUCAACAUGGCCCAACGUAUAAAAAAAGAUCGUAUACCUUCGACAAUAGGAGCAUUACAAGCGAUUGCACCCAGCAGUGAUCGAGACCGCCUUGCUCUCGAUAUUAGUACAUUGAAGCAGCAAUAUGCAAAACUGCGAGAACGGCAGCGGCAGGCACACAUAAUACUCUCUGCCGCGUGCGCAAGACAGACCAUGGUACCUCCGCCCACUUCUACAGCCAUGAAUCAUCUAUUAGUGGGCAAAAAUGCCCUCGUAAGUGGAAAGAAUCGACCGUUGAGUCUGCCGUCUGCUUCUGCCACAUCGAAGUUACGGCCAACAACGCUUCAUAGCCCAAAAAAUCGUAGAGAGAGACAAGGUGUUACGCUUCAUUGGAAAGAUGCGAAAAGACCGAAACAAAGGGCCGGCGACGCUGGUGAUGUUGAUGCUUUUGGUACAGCAUUUUUACAGUCGCCUCCAGAAACGUCAUCUGUGACGUCGCCCAGCCGGGGUACUGCUGACAGCGAUAGUGACAGCACGUCAACAGAAUUGUGCGACGAGCCGGAUCAUCUGAGCGACGUCGAUAGCGAGGAGCUUACGUCAGCGUCCGACUCUUACGUCAUGGCCACGGAUGACGAAAAGCAUGCUUGCGUCGAAGGUUCAUCGACUUCGGCGAGCACACCUGCGCGUUCGUAUAUUAAGAGCCCAACGAUGAUGGAAUCAAAGGCAGAUCCGAUUCUCGGAAUCGAACGCAGCGAUAAAACCUCGUCUUUAACUGAAAUUUCGAUCGCCAAGAUCACCGAUCAAAUACGAAGACUUUCGGCGGAGGAUGACAAUAACACGACAGUUCCUCGGAUAUUAAGUACGCGCGAUAACGAUGAGCUAUUGUUGACGAGUGAUUAUUCGAACAAGAAAUCAGAGGCGAAAAAAACGGAAUGUAAGUCGCAGGAUUUCGUCGAUUAUACGCCGAGUGAGGAUGUGAGUUUAUCGAAGACUAUGAAUAAUUACGAUUAUUUAAAUCUCCAAUCUAAUCUCGAGGAAAAGAUGGAUGAUAUUCUAAUGCACAAAACGGAUCGACUGAAAGAUGUAGAGGAAAGAAGAGAAAUUGUUCAGAUUAGCAGUGAUACAGGCCUUAAGACGGACAUAAUGGAAUUAACUGCGAAUACAUUACAAGAUAAUUCCAAAGAAGAAACAAGCAUUUCUUUGGAUAAAAAUUACGAUAAAUUUAUUGCGCCUUUAGACAGUAACGACAAACCUUUCGAAUUCACUUCGAAAUUUUGCAGCAGAGUUUAUCCUGAUUCUAAAAGCAAUAACAAUUCGAACGAUACAGAUACGAGUAACAGAAUUUUGGAUAUCGCGACAGAAUCAUCAUCUUUUUAUUCCAAGAGAUACGUUGUAGGUCAUCUUCCGAUUUCUCCGAUGACAAUGGAUAAUAAACUAACGAAAUUAUCAUCUGAGAUAUAUAAUGUUGCGGUAAAUUCAGGAAAUCUGACAAGUCCUGAAGCGGUAUUAAGAGAUGCUUUCAGCGACAAGCAGCAAAUGAAAUCGUAUUCUGACUUGAAGAAAAGUUCAAAAUCUCCGGAGAGCACAAAGUCAUUUAGCUCUGGAGAGACAAUGGGUCCCGAUUCGAAGCCUUCGAGUCUGACAAUGAGCCCGAGAACACCAAUCAGAUCGGAUUCUCAUGACUUCACGAUAAACAAAUCGGCUUGUUCGUCCAUUAGCUCAGAUUCCAAGACUCUCGUUCUCCAUUCCAUGGGUUCGGAUAUCGAGCACGACAAUCCGAGACCGAUCACGAAGAAAACGUCGUACGAGAAAUCGAGUCCGUCAACUCCAAUUAGUACGGAUUCUCUGAGAAACAAGUCCGAGACGAGCCCGAAAUUGGUAAUUAGCAGCUCCAGCGAUUCGUGCAGCCCGAGCAAAAUUAAGUCUUCCGAGAGAUCAUUCAGUUCCGAUCUGCAAUCGCCCGUAAGUGCCAAUUCCAUAAAAUAUACCUCGAACUAUGGUAAACGAGGCCAGGAUAACGUGUCGGAUUCGCCACUCGAUUUAAGCACCGCUACUUCGCCAUUUUAUCCUAUCGCAAAUCCUAAUCAGAAAACGCCGUCGCCGUACGGUGCAAGCAAACAAAGAUGCAGCGAAGACAGCACUGAAACGUCGCCCGAUCAGAAAUCAAUCAAUUCGAAAGAUUCGGGCAAGUUUUCUGGAUAUCAAGCAAAAAUAGGUAUCUCAACAAAAUCAAUCGAAACUAAAGGAAGUGAAAUUUCCGAGAGAAUCUCCGAGAGAGUCUCCGAGAGAAACGAUCUGUUUGUUAAACCGCAAUUCGGCUUGAAUACAGAACUGAACGCGAGUUACACAUCGAGGGAAAAGAGUAAAGCUGAUUUGAGCUCUUACGAAUCGAUCGAUAGUGAGUCGCAUCGCAAAUGCGGAGAUUACGUUGAUGACAAUACGGACGAUCCGCUUUCUGAAAAGGAUAUAGUGCCUCAAUUGCCGUAUGAGAAGUUCGACAAGCAUUAUCUGAAUUACAAUUACAGACGUAGAGACCGAUCGCGUCUAACCGAGAGGAGCUCUAGCAGUCUGGAGAGGAGAUAUACCGAUUUGAAGUCCUCGAUCUCGACCGAUGAAUUCAACACGACUAUGGCAAAGAAAAGGUCUAGCGAUAUCCUGGAAGACAUGAAGCACUUAGAAGCAAAAGCUCUUAGUGAUGGUUCCGAUACUAAUAUGCUAACAAAGAAGUCGAGUAACAUCUGGGAGAAUAUGAAAAGUUUAGAAGCGAGACGGCAGGAUACUUUCAGCAAUUCAGCGAGCGGCUUUUCGAAACGGCGACUAGAGAUCCCGGAUAUAAAUAUAACUAGCGAGGGUAGAAAAUCUUACGUAGUGCAUCCUAAAAUCAACAUCGACGAGAAUAGCGAUAGUAUAUUAAAGAGCAUAGCAUGUAACAAAAAUAACAGCGAUACGGACGAUGGCAGAGAAUCGAAAGUCGGUGUAUGGACGAAAGUAAAGCCGCGUAAAAAGGGCGAUAACGGACGCAGAAGUAGCGACAGGGCGUUAAAAAUUAUUCAAGAAAACUCAGCAAUAUUGCACAAGAUACUGGCUUGUCAGGCAAAGAAACGUCUACCAGAUCUGGAGGAGAUAUCCAAGGAAAUUACUAUUAGUCCGAUAAAUGAAGAAAUUUCCAAGAUAUUCAGUCCGAUUCUCGAAAAAAUGGGAUUAAACGAGCAUGAGAUAAAUGAGGAAUUGGCACGAAUAAAUUUCAAAGACUUCGACAAUAUGAGCGCCACCAGCGUAUCGGAAUUCGAUGCGAAAAUCAAUGAAGAAUUAUCAAAGCUUUCCCUCAUUGACGAGACGGAACAAAUCGAUCACUUAGGCGUAGACGAGAUCAUAUCGCUCGAAUAUUUGAACACGCGAGAGGCGCUCAUAGAUCAUAAGAUAAACGCGGAACUCUCUAAACUGCUUGCAAACUACGAGGAGGAAUCUCCACCGAGCAUGAUUAAUUUGGAGAAAGGUUCCUCUAGCCAGAACAUAAGCGAGAUGGAGAGUCUCGAUCUCACCAGCAUUUCGACGAACGUAUUCUCUUAUAAAUCCUCUAAUGAUUCCAUCGAGACCAGAAGCGACUUGGAAUCAAUGCACGAAGCUGCGAUACAGUCGGAAAAAUUCCCGUUUGCGACAUUAAAAUACGAGAAAAGCAUGUCGCCCAAAAGCGACAUAGAUAUCUACAUAGAGCUGGAAAAGCUCAACAAGAUCUCAACUGCGCAGAUGCUGCCGGAAACGCCUCUGAAAAUAUCGCCGAAACGAUUGUCUCCCAUUACGUACAUUUCUGAUACCUUGCCUUAUCCGGAAGUCUUGCCCGCGACGAGAUACGUGUCAAAAACAAGCCCGUUCGAUACAACGCCGCUCAAGAAAACUUAUGAGUCUUACAAGAGCUUCGACUUCCCAAGCAAGCGAUCGCCGCGGGACAAUCCUUAUAUCACGUACGAUAAACCAGAUGAUUCAUUCAAAUAUAUGGAUCUCAAGUCAAGAAUCGCCAUCGAUCCCUCUGAUCUGAAUUUGAAGAGCCCGAUAUUAUCUAAGGAAUCUUUAGAGUUUCGCGUAAGAUACGAUAAUGAAUUGCCGAAGCCGACUGGCGGUGAAUAUGCACCUAUUCAGGAUGUUAAAUCGACGUUUUCCUUAAACGCAGCAAGUUCUUAUUACGGUAAAGAUAAUAAUAAAACGCCAUCGAAAUCUAUCAACAAGGAAGAGAAGUGUUUGGAUAUCGAGGACUAUUCUAGCGAUAAGUCGGAUUUUCUACGUCAUAAGUACAGUACCUUGUCGCCGAAGGAAUAUUCUUAUGUCAGAAACACAGACUACGAUAAACCAUUAGGCACGUUAUCACAUGUUAUGGUAGAGACAGAGUCGGAUAUUGGUUCAUAUUUGUCAACAAGACAUCGCGACUAUAAUGUGUUAUCGCCGUGUCGUCAAUACAGAGAUCAAUAUUUCUCUUCUAGUCCAAAUCAUUAUACCCCGCAAUUAUCACCAAGUCUAACAAAUGAAGCGAAAAGGCCUGUCUCGCAUCCGGAAUCCCCGAGCAAAAUAAACGUCAGCAAGUAUGGAGAUUUAACGAGUCAGGGAUCGAAUAAUUACAAGAAGUCAACGUUGAGCCUAGGUAACAUGGAGGAAAACGUGAAUAAAGACGAGAAUGUUGAUACUACUCCGAGUCCGAAGACACAUUUCAGUCCAUUCCCCGUUAGAAAUAAUACAAGAAAACCUAAAGAAUUGACACUGAAGUUGGGUCUAUAUUCGCCGAAGAGUUCCGAUUUCGAUCAAUUGAAAAAAUCGUAGUGCUCAGUGAUUUGUCGAAGCGAUAGAGCUUUCGACCCACGCGAAAGUUCAUAUGUGAGCUGAUACAUUAAAACGAAAAGGAAUGUCUAUGUUCGCCAGUCAAUCGUAUUUCGAUACAUUCUUAUAUACUUUACGCAAAACAAAGCACACCCGAUGCGUUUCAAUGAGUCGCGUAUCAAUUUUCCGAAUUUAACAAAGUGGGCCUAAAAAAAUUAUCGCCUAAGCAUUCCUAAAUCGUAAUGCCCAACACCGUUAAAUAAAUUUGAUGAUAAGCUUGAUUAGACGUAACAUAGUUUUAAGGUAAUGAUUAAAUAAAGUAAAGUCAUGUAAGUGCUCGAUCGGAUAGUUCCGAAUUACAAAUAAAUCUUAUUUUUAGAAAGCACACAGAUUUGUUUUGAGAAAAAUCAGGCAUGGCGAAAAUUAAUAAUCGAUAAUAAUAUAAAAAUUAAUACAGAAACUGCGCGCGAGCAUUAUAUCAUAAUCGCGAUAAAUGCAAAAUAAUAUCUCCAUGAAUGCAAUUAAAUUUGGGAAUAUUGCUGAAAUAAUACGUCGUGCGUUAUUGACGCGAUUACGAAAUAGCAAAUUCGGGUAAAGCAGAUUAAUGAUAAAUUCAAUUCCCACAUUCGGUCACACGUGUCUCUCGCUUUCAGUCCUUUAUUUCAUCAUUAAUGUGCUUCACACAUAAUCAAAUAAUCCUAUUCAAAUUGUUGUUUAAAAAAAAAAGUCCAAACAAAAUACCACAGCACUUGCAACGCUCGCAUAACACAAUUGUUAAAUUUAUAAUUAAAUGUCUCCGAUUCCCUCCACUUUUGAACUCAAAAUUUCCUACGAAAUAUGCCAAAUCGAUCGCAAAAUUCUCAAAAUUUAGGUUAAUACUUAAUUAAGAGAAUUUUACGAAAUGUCAACAUCUUAAUUGUACUAUUGCUAACUGCUAGGCAAAAGAAUAGAAAUCUAUAGUAUGAUUUAUUUUGAAAAAAACGAUAUACGAUGUAAAUUUAUAAGUUAUCAAUAUAAAGCUUAAUUUUUUUGUUCGUAUAUUUGGGCAAAUUUAUUAUAUAAAUCUAUAUAAUUCUAAGCAAAUUAUGCAAUAUAAAUUAAAUGUAAAGGAGAUGGAGAGAUUGUAAUGUAUAUAUAUUGUAUAAUUUCAAUUAUUGGCUAUAUGUUACAUAAAUAACUUGACAAGGUUCUCUCUAUCUGUUUCUUUUCUUUUCAGAAUCUUUUUAUAAAAAAAAAAAUAUAAAAAUAGUAUUUUUAGAUGUUUCUAAUAAGAAAUAUUCAUAUUAUCGUGCGCAAUAUAAAAUCAGAUUGCUUGAAUGAGCUGCAAUUUAAAUGAACCUGUGAAUUACGAGUUUAAAUCCUUGCUCACAAAAAAUGGCUUCAAUUCUAUAUAUAUAUAUAUAUAUAACAAAUUUACUCGCAUUAAGAAAUUCGCACGAGACAGUUUCCUAUUUUACCGCAACGAUUUGAAUGUUUCUUAUCGAGAUAUUUAAUUACUCGGUUUACAGCCUACUUGAAUAUAAGAAAAAUACAUCUGUAACUCACAGUAUGCAGAAAAAAAAAAAAUCGUAAUUCUUUCCUUUUCAUACAAUUCACGCAUCAACGCACCUAUAUAAUUUAUGGUUAGCCUACUAGAAUAUUUCAAUCAUCUGUGAUAGUUUAGAGAACGAUAACAUACAAGAUGAUAACAUAUUCAUAUAAAAUAUUAUAUAAUUAAAAUAUUAUAUAAUUUAAUUGUUAAAUUAAUUAUAUAUUCUUUUAAUAAACUCUUUCUUUCUUUUAAUAAUUUAACAAAAAAUUUAUAUAUAUUCUAGAUUCUUUUAUAUAUUACAUAAAAAACAAAAAUACUAAAAUAUAAAUUAAAUUCAUGCAUUAUUAAUCAGAGAUUAUCUAAAGAAUCGCACUAAUCUUACUCUCUACUCACUCGAUCUUUCUCAAUUUCUAAAUGCUAUACAUCUUGUACAAAAGUUCACACAUUUUCCACGUCCAUUUUACCGAAUAAUACUUGUCAAUUGUCAUAUAAGAAAAUUAUUGAUAAAGAAAAAAUGUAUGGAACUGUUGAUAAAAAAAACUUCCAGAAAAAAAAAACACCAAAUUUGUAGAUGUUUUUCUUUUGAUAUUGUAAUUAAGUUUUUCUUACAUAAUAUAAAUAUUUCAUUUGAUUUAUUAACGCAUACCAUAUAAAUCAUAUAAUAUGGAGUGCUAAAUAUGUCUUGUCAAUAGUCGGUAUACAAACAGAAUACAUUAUAUACCUUAUAAACUUAAGAGCAUAAAAGUUAUAGUAUUAACUUUGAUUAUCAUUAUUUAGUUAUCACAUCGAUUGAAUUCAUGAAAGUAGUUUCAGAAAUAUGCCUGUGAAAUAUAGAAAGUAUUCGUAAAAGUGCUAAAAAGAAAAGCGAUGGCACAUUUAAAUACAAAGAUAGCUUAAAUAAGAGGAUAGUUAAGAAUAGUUAAUAAUGCUAUCGAGUAAAUUAUUGGAUACAAUCGCACCGUUAACACUAUUGCUAAUGUUACGAGCUGUCAACCGCUGUCAGUAUUCUGCACUCUCAUUGCGCAUCCGGAGAAAUUAGGUUCACUUUGUUAAAAAUUUAACUGGAAAUAAAACUGCUCGACAAUAUGUACACUUAAUUCAGUUCAUAAUGUUAUUUAAGCUUCUCGACAUUUUUCGAUAUUUACCGAAGCAUACGUUGCAACAUGUACGGAUGAGUAGCGUUUUUCUACUGGAUCAAGAUACCGAGAUCGAUUAGAAUUUGUGGCAGAUGAAUAUGCGUAGCCUGAAUAAAGGUAUCGUGUAACGUGUAGCGCGUCGAAUAAAAUGCAAAUCCUAUGUAUCAAAGUAUCCUAAGUCUCGUUUAGAAAGAAAAAAGGGGAUAUAUUUAAGGAUUAAGGGUGCGUGUGUAAUAUUGUUACGUGAUGUUUUGAGAAAAUUAUUGUAUAUACACAGUGCGAGUCGCGUGCCAGAUAUAAGACUGUAUAUUUGAAUUGCAUAGAAUGAUAAGUCGUUAUGGAUAAAGAAACUGAAUAAAUAUAUUG